ACGUGAUACGCACACAACGAUUUCAAAAGCCGAAACUAGAUAGCUCAACUAUGCCUCAUAAACGUGUGUUUGCAAUAACUGUCAAAUGCAAUAUUUUCAAAACAUUCGAGUGGAUAAAAAAUAUAAGAAACAAACAAGGUAUUAUUGUAAAAAACAAGCAUAAAAUACCAAAACAAGCGAGUUUUAAAUCGGGCUUUUCAUAGAACGAUUCAUUCACCUUUUGCACCAGAUAGCAAAGAUGGGCAAAAUUGGAUUGCAAAUAAAAGCAACGCUGGAAAACAUCGAGGAGCUGAAAACAAACCAUCCCAACUAUGCGUUCUUCUUGAAAAUCAAAUGUACAAAUUGUGGCGAAGUGUCCGACAAAUGGCAUGAUCUGACCGAGAGCGAACACGUCAACGAAGACUCGCGCAAUCCGAAAGGGUUCAAUUUUUACAUGAAGUGCCGCAUGUGUUCUCGUGAGAAUAGUAUCGACGUGAUCGAAGGCUCCAAUGCAAGCUACACCGAACAAGAUUCUGGCAAAAAGAAAACAAUCGUUGCCUUCGAUUGUCGCGGUGUAGAACCGACCGAAUUCAGUCCUCGCUCUGGAUGGAUUGCCAAGGCCACGGAGAACGGACCUACGUUUGAGGAUAUAGACCUGUCGGAGGAUGAUUGGGUGGAAUAUGAUCAGAAGAAUAACAAUUCGGUCGGUGUGUACGAGUUUGAGUCUGAUUUCAUUAAAAUGAAGAAAUGAACAGUUUUUGAGGAGUGAUAAUAAAAAAAGUGUGUUGCCAAUAACAUUCAA